UAAGAGAUCUAGUUGGAAGGAAGGGUGAUGUGGGUCUGGACAGUUUAAUCAAACUUUGACACUUGAAGUUUCCAGCUCAUUCUCUGCCCAGCUGCCAUUGCUUCGAACACUGCUCUGUAUUCAAUCUCCAUAUUGGACCAUGUGCUUAAGUUCUUCAAGUUUCUCUAAGUUUUGAGAGAGUUUCUAUAUCAACUUCAUUCUUCAAGUUUCUCUGAGUUUUGAGAGAGUUUGCUUUUUGUAUUUGAUUGGGCAUUUCAUCCAAAUUCAACCUUAAAGUUGGUGAUCAUCCCAGAUCCUGAUUUUUUUAUAUUCAAGCAAGUGUUGGUUCUAAUAUUACUAGAUCUUGAAUCGGACCCAGAAGAAGUACAUGUACGCGGAGAAACGACCAAGGCUGUGGCAGCGUAGAUACCAAUGCCGAAACUGAAUGCGAAGUCCAAGUCCACAUCGCAUUUUUCAGUUGCAUCCACCAGCCAGGCAUCCACCAGCUCCGGCAAUCAAGGCAGCAAGCCAUCCACCAGCUUCACCUUGCCCUUGUCAUCCUCGUCCCCGUCCCAAUCCACAACUCCAGCAAGGGCUCGGGCUUCGGAAAGCAAUUUUCAAGUGCAGGUACUGUGUACGCUGCAGAGGCUGGAGGAAGGGGUACAGCAGCUAACGCAGUUGAUACAAAAACUGUUUUUGUCAAAAUCGGGAGUGGCUGUUGAUGUGGAAGACCUGAGGGAGCCAUUUACACAACCAGUGGACACCGAGGAUGAGUUUGAGGCUCUUGCAUCAAAGCUCGUUGACGUGGAGUUUAGGAAGAAGAUGAUUCGCUACCUGAGCUUAGUUGGCGGAGGUGAUGUAAAUCAAACGGUAAGGAGAGUUUUGAAGAAACUUGGCACAAACUCUCUCUGGUCGCAUUUCAAUGUACUGGGCAGGAAGGGCAAGCGUGGAAUGAAGACGACCGCAUUCUUUCCCGUUAUCGUUAGGGCAUGCAUCAAGAAUCACGUCGGUGCCAAGGAGAGUGAAAUUGAGGAGGUUGUUGGCGAUUACCUCAAGCGAACCCCCUUUCUUCCAGGAGGAAGUAAAUACAUGUACAAGGUAAAUCCCCCAACGAGACAAGACGCUGUCAUCGAGGAAGCUGUCAUCGAGGAAGCUGUCGUUGUGCAAGCUUUGGAUGAUGGAGAGGAUUCUGCCAUGGAGAAUUGAGUGGUGUUUUCUUCAUCAUUUGUGACCUUACAAAACGACCAUUAAAGGUAAAGACCAGUUUCGGAAACGCCCCCCUCUCAAAAAAUGAAAUUGAAGCUCUUAUU